AUGGACAGCCAGAUGGCGAUGAACGUCGCGAGCAGCGACGCCCCUGCGCGGCCGGUCGAGAUCCUUGUGCCGGAGCUCCAUCCCGACUCGGACGCGCCGCGGGGCUACAUGAAGGCACUCCCCACUAACCACGUCAAAAGCUACAACGAGAACCGCCGUAAACGCCUGCGCGAGAUUAUGCAGCGCAAUCGUGAAGAGCAGGACCGGCGCCAGCGAGAGGAGCUCCUCAAAAAGGCACGACAAGAGAGCCUUUGCGAGAAUGACUGCGCGAUGGAGUCCGCCACGGCGGGAACCCCCGGCCUCUCCACGGAGGUGCCCGAUUUUUCCGACAUCCAUAUGCCGGCGGAACUCCCACGUGAUGAGUACGGCGUUAAGCGCGGCAACUUUCCUCUGGGGGUGCGUUUUAUUCGAGAUGCGAUCGCGGCCUGCGGGGGGGCUGUGGAGUUGGACGUUUUGGUGAAUCGCUUCUCUACUCUCGCCAACAAGGAGGAAGUCGCAGAGUUUGGUGACGUGCGUGCGUUUUUGACCAUUCACAGUCCAACCUUUCGUUUGGAACUGGAAAAGGGCCAGUGGAUUGUUAGGCUGGUAGAUCCCUCUCGACUUCCGGGCAGAGGGGAGGGGAUGGUGGAGAUGACCUGGGAGGUAAUGACGUGUCCACUUUGCUCUAAGGUGAUAAAGGGCCGGAACUACGCUUGGCACAUGAACUGCAGGGGUUGCAUUACUGCCCAGAUCGCACUUGGACUGCAGGGCGAUUUCCAAGGCCGUGGCCCCAUCGCUGAGCUCGCCUUCAUAGCCAAGGAGUUGAUCAGCCACAGCGACAGCUUCGACGACGGCGAUGUAGACGCCUUGGCGGAGGGCUUAGCCCAUGCAAGGAACGUUCGGCGUUUUCGUCUCGCCUCGCCUCGCCAAUUUGCGCCCAUCCUAAAGGCCAUACGUGUCGUGCGAGAUCGAUGGUUAGAUUCAAAAGGUGUCUCUGAAGUUGAUAGCAUCGCCAUAGACAGCACGGACGCUUCCGUCGUACACCUUUUCCGUAUCCUCGGUGAAAGCAUCCAUCGAUUGCCAAUCGCGUGGAUCGAGACGGGUGAUGUCAUUGACAUGUGCCAUCGCUUCACUGACCACGUCUUACGACCCUACGACCCCCCACCGCGGCCGGCGGAUCCUCGUAUUAGCUUGUACAACACUUACCCGGGCUUUUUGCUUUGUGAGAGCGAGGUAGACGACGAGGACGACCCUAGCGCGGACGAGGAUGAGUUUUCGGACGACGAGGCGCCGACCUUCACUUUCGCGGCGCCGGUGGAGAUUGUGGAGUCGCUCUUUACCGCGGGGUUUGAGCGUGACACGAAGCGUCUGCAGCACCGAAUGCGCACCGCUCCGCCGAUGGCGCUCCACCGCGUCUUGAAGGGGGAUCGUAACCAAACACAGAGUGAGAUGUAUUCCGACAUCCAAAGAGAUCAGCCUGGCCAAUUACCACCUACUGGGAAAGUUCGGUUGGUAUAA